AUGAUUAGGAAAUCGAAGAAAGAAAGAAUUAUUUGAAAAAUUAAUCAUAAAAUGUCAUUUGAGAUAGAAUUGGAUAGAAUUAAUUGAAUUACUCCGCCUUUAGAGAAGUCGGCCCUUAAAGAAUUUCAUCAAAUUUUUUAUGCAUCUUUAGAAAUUCCUGCUUCGAAGAACCUUCUUCAUAUUCUCUUUUUUGAAAUAAGAGCUUUGAAAGAUAUUUUGGAGUAG